AUGGCAGUUGUAGCCGGUGCUAAAGUGAACUUUGUUAAUUCUAGGUUCCACUACAAUAUGUUGACAGGAUGGCGCCUUGCUCUAUCAAAACUCUUUAUAAUACCACAACGGUAUGUAUUUGCUAUAAUGGCUCUAUUGGCGAUAGCGAAUGCCUAUACGAUGCGUGUCUGUUUAAAUUUGGCCAUAACUCAAAUGGUUAAAAAGCAUGUGGCGGUUGAAGGCGACGCGCAUUACGACCCUAACGCCUGUCCAGAUCCUAGUGCAAAAGUUAAUACUACAGUGACCAUGACUGAUUAUCUUACUAGAGAUAGUGAUGCACUUUUUGAAUGGAGUGAAGCGACACAAGGUCUUUUGCUGAGUUCCUUUUAUUAUGGCUAUGUUAUUACCCAUAUUCCUGGUGGAAUGAUAGCUGAACGAUAUGGUGGAAAAUGGGUGUUGGGCUUAGGUUUACUAUCUACAGCUGUAUGUACGUUCAUUACUCCAUUUGCUGUUAAAACUGGAGGAGCUACUGCCUUAUUCAUUCUACGUGUUGUGGAAGGAUUUGGAGAGGGUCCUACCAUGCCAGCGUUGAUGGCGAUGACUUCUAAAUGGGCACCAAAACCUGAAAGAGGUCGCUUUGGUGCGAUCAUAUUUGGUGGGGCGCAACUUGGUAAUAUAGCAGGUUCCUACUUUUCUGGACUCAUCAUGUAUUCUGGAUCUUGGGAACACGUGUUCUAUAUGUUCGGUGGAUUUGGUCUCGCUUGGUUUAUAAUUUGGUCAUUCAUUUGUUAUAGUACUCCAAAUACACAUCCAUACAUAUCUGAUAAGGAAAAGAAAUUCUUGAAUGACAAUGUUGAGGCUCUCAUUCACAGUAAAAAACAAGUUUUAGAUCCAGUACCGUGGAAAGCGCUACUUAGAUCUGUUCCUCUUUGGUCCCUUAUUAUUGCUGGAAUUGGUCAUGAUUGGGGAUACUUUACCAUGGUCACCGAUUUACCUAAAUAUAUGACAGAUGUAUUAAAGUUCAACAUUAAAUCUGCUGGAUUACUCUCUUCUAUGCCCUAUGUAGCCAUGUGGAUUGCAUCAUUCUUCUUUGGACUUCUAUGUGAUUUUUGCAUUAAGAGAAGAUAUCAUAGUAUUACAAAUGCCAGAAAGAUUUAUACCACAAUAGCCGCUACCGGACCAGGAAUCUGUAUUAUACUAGCUUCGUAUUCAGGUUGUGAUACGACAUUGGCUGUAUUUUGGUUUAUUGCUGCUAUGACUCUUAUGGGUGCCUAUUACAGUGGAAUGAAAAUAAAUGCUCUAGAUAUUACACCUAAUUACGCGGGAACUACAACUGCAAUGGUUAACGGAAUAGCUGCUAUCUCUGGAAUAAUUUCACCGUACUUGAUUGGCUUAUUGACACCAAAUUCAACACUUAAACAAUGGCGAGUCGCGUUUUGGGUUUGUCUUGCCAUUUUAGUUAUUACAAAUAUCAUUUACCUGAUUUUCGCGAAAGGAGAACAACUUUGGUGGGAUGAUGUAAGGAAACAUGGUUAUCCUGAGGAUUGGAAACAUGGUCCCCUACCAUUAAGAAAUAAUGAUUCAGAAAAAACUAUUAGUAAAGAAACCACUGAAAAGAAA